UUAGAAAAACGACUUGUUGACAUUCUCCAACAUUCGCCGAUAACAUUGUUUAGUAUUUUGUUUUCUACUUUGUUAUCAAUAUCGUCCGGUUACGUAAUUUUUCUUUCAAUAAUUUCUAUAAAACGAUGGCAUUUACCGGCAAAGUAGUUUUGAUCACUGGUGCUAGUUCUGGUAUCGGAGCAGAAACGGCAAGGAAGUUAGCUGCACAAGGCGCUCGUUUAAUUUUAAAUGGACGUAACGUUGACAGUCUUACUUCAGUCGCAGAGUCUUGUGGACGCAGUAAUGCGUUUGUUGUACCGGGUGAUGUUACUAAAGAGAGCGACAAUGAAAAUUUGAUUUCUGAAACGAUUAAGAAGUACAAUCGUUUGGACGUUCUCAUCAAUAAUGCGGGUAUAUUAGAGUCUGGUACGAUUGAAACAACCAGUCUCGAACAAUUCGACCGGGUAAUGUCGACGAACAUUCGAUCUAUUUACCAUUUAACAAUGCUGGCCGUACCGCAUCUGAUCAAAACCGAGGGCAACAUCGUCAACAUAUCCAGUGUGAACGGAAUUCGAUCCUUUCCUGGUGUCUUGGCCUAUAACAUUUCCAAGGCUGCUGUUGACCAAUUUACUCGCUGUGUUGCAUUGGAAUUGGCGUUGAAGAACGUACGUUGCAAUUCGGUCAAUCCGGGAGUGACUGUAACUAAUUUGCACAAGCGUGGCGGAAUGAAUGACGAGGCAUAUGCGAAAUUCUUGGAACAUUCGAAAACGACUCAUGCAAUGGGACGUCCAGGACAAGUGAACGAACUUGCUGAGGCUAUUGCAUUUUUGGCAAGCGAUGCAGCAUCGUUUAUUACUGGAGCUAGUUUGCCUGUGGAUGGUGGAAGACAUGCAAUGUGUCCACGCUAAUGGAAUUUCAAUUUCUUCCUCCAAAUUUUUAUUUUGAAUAAAUUUUUCAUUUUCCUGUC